AUGGCUCUGGUCAACUUCACAUCCCACCCGGAGUUCCUCCUCCUGGGCUUGAUGGAUGGUCCAGACUCUCACCCACUGUUGUUCCUGCUCUUCCUCAGUGUCUACCUGCUCAAUGCCCUGGGCAACCUGAGCAUGGUGGUGCUGGUGAGGUCUGAUGGUGCUUUGAGUGCCCCCAUGUAUUACUUCUUGGGUCACUUGAGCCUUGUGGAUGUCUGCUUUACUACAGUCACCGUCCCCCGACUGCUGGCCAUCCUGCUCCACCCCGGCCAGGCGGUGUCCUUCCAGGCAUGCUUUGCCCAGAUGUACUUCUUUGUGGCUCUGGGUAUCACCGAGAGCUACCUCUUGGCAGCCAUGUCUUAUGACCGUGCGGUGGCUGUCUGCCGGCCACUGCACUACGGUGCAGUGAUGACACCCUGGCGCUGCGCAGUGCUGGUGGUGGUGUCCUGGGCCGUGGCCCACCUUCACUCUCUCCUCCACACACUGCUCAUCUCUGCGCUCUCCUACCCCAGCUGCGCCCCGGUGCACCACUUCUUCUGUGACAUGACAGUGAUGCUGAGCUUGGCGACCUCGGACACGUCCACUGCAGAGACUGCCAUCUUCUCCGAAGGCCUGGCUGUGGUGCUGACCCCAUUGCUCCUGGUGUCCCUCUCCUAUGCGCGCAUCCUCGUGGCGGUGCUGGGUGUGAGGUCGGCGGGGGGCCGGCGCCGGGCCUUCUCCACUUGUGGAGCCCAUCUGGUGGUGGUGUCACUUUUCUUUGGCUCUGUCCUCUCGGUCUAUUUCCGGCCAUCUUCUGCCUAUUCCGCACGCUACGACCGUUUGGCCAGCGUGGUCUAUGCGGUGGUCACACCGACCUUGAACCCUUUCAUCUAUAGCCUUAGAAACAAAGAGGUGAAAGGCGCCCUAAAAAGGGGGUUCAGGUGCAGUGCUGCCCCCCAAGCGGUAUAA